CAUGGCACACAAGACACGAGAGUAAAAAGUUCUCAAAAUUCAUAAUUCAAACUCUUGUCAAAUUUACUAAGCUUAGGUGAAGAUUAUUAUUCAAGUUAUUUGUAAAUUGGAUUAAAGUUGAAAUACUAAAAUUUUGUAGUUCUUAAAUAAUGUGGAAAUCAAAGAUAGAACAAGUGUUUUCGACCGAUCCAGAAUUUUGUUCUUAUUGUGGUUCCAUUCUUCCUGUACCUUCGGGCACGGCCACAGAUCAUCAAUGUUUCGUUUGUCAAGAAUCUAUUAACACGAAACAUGUCACGAAUGUUAGCUACAUAGUUCAUUUCAAUGAUGCCGACGUGUAUAGCAAAGAGAGGGGCGAAUCAUCAGGAGGACGGAAGAAGAAAUCCAAAGGAAAAGGAAAAUAUAAGGAAGAUGUGGUGGCCGAAGGACCUGUUGUUGAUCGCGAGUGCAGGCGAUGUGGUCAUGGUCAAAUGAGCUAUGCUACACUUCAACUCAGAUCGGCGGAUGAAGGUCAAACCGUGUUCUACACUUGUAUGAAUCAAGCUUGCAAGUUCAAGGAAUCUGAAAACUCUUAAUUUCUACAAUAAAAUUGGGAAUUAAUAUUCUAAAA